AUGGAAGGUCAGUACUAUGAGCCUAAUGAGGGACACUAUUUAAACAACACAUGUAAGACCUUCUGCAAGUGCUACAAGGGGGCUAUGGUGUGCGAGUACAAACCCUGCAAGGCAACAGAGAAAUGUAUGGUCGUAAAAGGAGUGAGAGGCUGCUACAGGAGGAAGGGGACAGUAACAGCAAUCAGUCAGGAGGACAAUCUGGUAAUAGUGACAGCAAUCAGUCAGGAGGAAAAUCUGGUAAUAGUGAUAGCAAUGAGUCAGGAGGACAAUCUGGUAACAGUACCAGCAAUUCAUCAGGGGGACAAUCUGGUAAAAGUGACAGCAAUCAGUCAGGAGGACAAUCUGGUAAUAGUGACAGCAAUCAGUCAGGAGGACAAUCUGGUAAUAGUGAUCAGCAAUCAGAUCAUGAGAGGACAAUCAGGUAAUAGUGCAAUCAGUCAGGAGCAAUCAGUCAAUGAGUCGGGAGGACAAUCAGGUAAUAGUGACAGCAAUCAGUCAGGAGGGCAAUCUGGUGGCUGUACAAUGGAAGGUCAGUACUAUGAGCCUAAUGAGGGACACUAUUUAAACAACACAUGUAAGACCUUCUGCAAGUGCUACAAGGGGGCUAUGGUGUGCGAGUACAAACCCUGCAAGGCAACAGAGAAAUGUAUGGUCGUAAAAGGAGUGAGAGGCUGCUACGAGGAAGGGGACAGUAACAGCAAUCAGUCAGGAGGACAAUCUGGUAAUAGUGACAGCAAUCAGUCAGGAGGAAAAUCUGGUAAUAGUGAUAGCAAUGAGUCAGGAGGACAAUCUGGUAACAGUACCAGCAAUCAGUCAGGAGGACAAUCUGGUAAUAGUGACAGCAAUCAGUCAGGAGGAAAAUCUGGUAACAGUGACAGCAAUCAGUCAGGAGGACAAUCAGGUAAUAGUGACAGCAAUCAGUCAGGAGGAAAAUCUGGUAAUAGUGAUAGCAAUGAGUCAGGAGGAAAAUCUGGUAACAGUACCAGCUAG